AUGGAGUACCACGCCGUACCUCCAGAGGAGCGCGCAAGAGACGAGAACGGCAACCUUCUGCCUUGGGGCUACAUUUACAAAGAUGAAUCUCGCAAUCCCCGCCGACCACCAGAAGAGUCAGGACCCUUUGGCAAGAGGAGGAACGCCCGAUACGAAGCCCGAUCCCGAACACGCACCGGCACGCCCGCAAAGCGAGAGAAUCCCAAUGUCGCCGAGUUUGGUCGAUUAUUCUCCAUGCAGCAGGAAGAAGAAAAAGUCUCCGGUCUGCCCAAGUCCUCCUCAUCCUCCAGCCUCGAAAACUCGCGCAAACAGACCGAAAAGGUCGCGACCGAGUGCAUCCUGUACGGAUACAAGAGCAAGGACAUCGAGUGGAAGGUGAUCGACAAGUACGAGCGCAUCUCGCAGGGCAUGAUCUGCGAAGACUACGCUCGCAGCGAUCCCAACUCCCUCAUCCAGUCCGCACAGAUGCUCAGCGGCGGCGACGUCGUCAUCCGCGCCAACCUCUCUGCCGACGCAAACCGCAAGUCUAAGCGCUACGAUGGCGGCUUCCACUGGAUCAAGGUUACUUUCGACUCGACCCAGGCUGCCGACCGCGCGUGCUUCUACUCGCCGCAGGAGAUCGACGGAUGUCUUGUCUUCUGUGAAUUAUACCACGGCCAUGGACCCGCAGAAGAUGCCUCUAUUCCCGCAGACUCGGCGGCAGCCAACCGGAUACGCAGCCGUGCACCGCGCACACUCACCUCUACACACUCGACCGCGUUCCUGUCCAGCAUGCCCAGCAGCGACCAGGACCGAUUCACGCUGCCGCGGUCCUUCGCCAUGAACAACUUAUCCGGCGCCGCGGACGUCAACGAGACAGAAGAAGAGCAAUCGAUCGACGCAUCGACUACAACCGCCACCUCCGGUACAGCAACUGCCGUCGCGACAGGAGCUUCGACAGGCUUCGACCGCUCGUCAUCGCUGCACCAGCGCAGCCUCGCAACCGAACCCAAGCCAGAAUCCGAGUUCAUGACGCAUAUUCCCACCGUCCGCCGCGCGAAACUCCGUCCCCUGACCGAGGCCCUCCCUCCACAGCCGACCGUCACCGAGCGCGUACUCCGCUCGAUCCCGAUUCUGAGCUGGUUUACGGGCGAUAUUGUUGGUGAUGGACCUCAAUUGCGCGAGGAUGGGUCCUUUGAUUACGACAAGUCCAAUGCUUACUGGAAGUUCUGGUACGCGGUGGACAAGGUUCUCGGAACGGAUAUCUGCGGACUGAAAGAAGAUGCUUGA